AAAAUGCCAGAUGGACGUAGGCGCGGAAGAACGCUCGGACAACCAAGUGACGCGCUUUCCGUUCUCCCAAGCGGAUCGCAUCGUGGGAUGUUGCGCAGCAGCUGAAUCCUAACCACCGCCCCGAAAUUUGACGACCUCUCACCGAGCGACCUUUGAAACCGUGCUUUAGGGCAUGCUCCUUAUCCUUUGGCUCCUAUGUACUUAUGACUGCAUUCGGAACGCAUCGACUGUUACUCUCAGAUGCACGUGAUCUUUUGUGAAUUUCUUCGCUGCGUCAGGCUGGAUCAGUCAAUUCUCUGCCCACAAAAGGCCCCGUAAAGAAUUGAAAAUCUUUACACAUUCCGAUAGCUGCCAGGUAGAAGACCAUGUCAUACUCCAUCAAUAGAAGACCCUUAUUGGGGGGUGCAUCAGAUAGCGAAUUUGAGGAUGACGUGGAGACCGAGGUAGAUGAUCCCAAUGUCGCGAUCCAUGAUGAAAAACCAUUUUUAAAAUCGUACGAGCCGCAUGACAAGUAUAAUCUUGCGUAUAUCAUAUUUUACUUACUUGGUAUGAAUACAUUAAUUCCAUGGAGCUUUUUUAUGACCGCUGACGACUAUUGGAUGUACAAAUUUCGAGAGGUUCAUAAUAAUUCGACAAAUCUUACUCAUACGUACGCAGAGCUACUCGAACAGAAAACGGAUCUGCAAGCUAGUUUUACUUCUUAUUUAAGUGUAGCUAGUGCAUUGCCAAAUACUCUCUUUUUGAUAAUAAAUACAUUCAUUAGCAAGAGAGUUUCUUUAACCGUAAGGAUGGUGGGUUCUCAAUGUAUCAUAUUGCUUCUUUUUAUCCUGACAACCACGUUUGUCGAAAUGGACACCGACAAGUGGCAAAAUACGUUUCUAAUUUUCACUCUGACGACAGUUGCGCUCGUAAAUGCUGCGAGUGCAAUUUUCGGCGGCAGCCUGAUGGGCAUAGUAGGCAAGUUUUCACCAAGAUACAUUACGGCUAUGUCCGGUGGGCAAGCUCUCGGCGGGAUAUUCACGGCCCUAGCGGAAGUGUGUUCCUUGUGGAUCGGCGCCAGUCCCGUCCUAUCCGGCUUAGUAUAUUUUAUCAUCGGUGAUACCGUGCUGCUGCUAUCGCUAAUCGCAUACAUUGUUUUGGAAAGAGCGCCUUUCUUCAAGCAUCACAUGAUAGAGAAAGUACCUGAUCACAUGGAAACAGAUUACUCGAUAAAUAGCGAAGUCAGCUUCUCGGCUGGCCCGAGCGUGUCUUAUACGCGGAUCUUAAAGAGGAUCUGGCACUAUGGCUUCAGUAUAUUUCUAGUAUUCUUCAUAUCACUGUCCGUAUAUCCGGCGGUUACUGUGCUGAUCGAGAGUCAAUACAGGGGCAAUGGCCACGCAUGGAACGACAUAUAUUUUGUACCUGUGGUGACGUACCUACUUUUCAGUACGGGCGAUUACGCUGGCAGAGUACUGUCCGGUGUUCUCCAAUGGGUAAGAAUCUGCAUUUCGAUACAAUUUACACAUAAAUUCCCUAUCGACAUCAAAAUUGUAUCGUUGCAGCCAAGAAACAAGCCGUGGCUCGUCAUAUUCAUGAGCGUCGGCAGGGCUCUCUUCGUGCCCGUAUUUAUGUUCUGUAACGCGCAGCCGAGACAUCAUCUACCAGUGUACAUCCAUAGUGACCUAUAUUAUAUUCUAAUAACCAUCGUGUUCGCGAUAAGUAACGGUUACCUCUGUAACUUAACAUUUAUUUUAGCACCCACAGUUGUGGAUAACGAAGAGAGGGAAGUCGCGUCUGCGAUGAUGGGUGCUUUCCUGGGUAUGGGAUUGGCGUCUGGUGCUCCGCUCAGCUUAUACAUAGUUAAGGCUCUCUAAUACUCGCCUAUAAUUAAUUGUAAUUAAUUGCCGAUGAAUAUAAUAAGACAUGCGAUUUCACACUGCCCUUUAUACCUUCGGAGUCGGGUAGGACCACAACAAGCGCGUUAAUAACGAGCUUUUAGUAAUAAAAUUGAUACAAAUAUGUUUGGCCACUAUCGUUUGAAAACGUUGCUGAUUUACGGGAAUUUCUUCCUUCUUUUAUAAAGAAAAGUUCGAAUUUUCGUAGCUCCUAGUAGCGUUUUACAAAAAAUUCUCGAAUGUAUCUGCAUGAAACAUAAUUUUAACGAUUACGACGUGAUAUAGAUACUUUUGUAUCAUUCCAUUAAUUUUAAUACGCAACAUUGAUAUUAAGCGGAUAGGAAGAUUUAUUCUCAACGAUUCAUAUAAUUUUUAAUAUUUGUGAUCCAACGUAAGAUAUAUAUCUAGCUACAUUGUUUGUAUGUAACAUAUGUGUAUGUGUACAUAUAAAGUAUUUGUGUUGACACAAUUCUCUCUCUCUAGAUAUUCUACACAAAUUAUACAUAUAUAUAUUUAUUUUUAAAUAUAGCAAUUUGAAAACGUAGAUCUCUGGAGAUAAAAGUAUUAGAUGUAAUAUUGUAAAAUAGGGAGAGAUUCGUCUUACAAAACAGUGUAGAUGAUUUUACGUACAUUGUUAAUAAAGAUACCUGAUUACGCAA